AUUGUAGUCAGGGAUUUAGGGGUAUCUAUUCGGGACAUACUGUAAACAACCUAAUACAUAACUCAUUGUAUCCGUGUAUUAAUUACUAUACAGUAUAAUAUUUAUUCUUUGUGUAACUGGUGUGUCUGAAAAUCCCGCCAAGCGGAAAUGUAAAAAUCACCAAUCACAAGAAACAAAAUCAAGCUCUUUCCUGAUUGGUGGCUCGUAGCUACGGUCCCUCUAUCCAAUGAACGAGCAGCAGGGUCACAAUAUAAGCGCGGUUUCUUUGUUCUACACUUAAUUUCUGUCGAUAACUCGAAAAAUAACCAACCGAAAUGUCUGGAAGAGGAAAGGGAGGUGGAAAAGUGAAAGCUAAGGCUAAGAGCCGUUCAUCUCGUGCUGGGCUUCAGUUCCCAGUGGGUCGUGUUCAUAGGCUGCUCAGGAAGGGAAACUAUGCCCAGCGUGUCGGCGCCGGAGCUCCCGUCUACCUGGCUGCAGUGCUCGAGUACUUGACCGCUGAGAUCCUGGAGUUGGCCGGCAACGCUGCCCGCGACAACAAGAAGACCAGGAUCAUCCCCCGUCACUUGCAGCUGGCUGUCCGCAACGACGAGGAGCUCAACAAGCUGCUCGGCGGAGUCACCAUCGCUCAGGGUGGUGUGCUGCCCAACAUCCAGGCUGUCCUGCUGCCCAAGAAGACCGAGAAGCCCGCCAAGGCCAAGUAAAAGCCUUCACCCGAAACAACACAAAAGGCUCUUUUAAGAGCCACCCACUUCAAACUAAAGGCUAACUCUCUUAUACACA